GAGAAACAAACAAGUAUCAUGUUACCUUAUAUAUCUUUCUUUCUCUUAUUUUCUCUCUCAAAACGAUAAGAGAGCAAAGAAGGAAAGACAAAAGCUACAAGAAAAAGGAGCUAGAGGUUCGAUCAAAUAAUGGGGAAAGACAAAAUGAACACUAACAAGGCCAAGCUAAGGAAGGGAUUAUGGUCACCAGAGGAAGAUGAGAAGCUCAUCAACUACAUGCUAACUAAUGGACAAGGCUGUUGGAGUGACAUUGCUAGGAAUGCUGGCUUGCUGAGGUGUGGAAAGAGUUGUCGUCUUCGUUGGAUCAAUUACUUGCGACCUGACCUCAAGCGUGGCGCGUUUUCCGGUCAGGAGGAAGAGCUCAUUGUCCAUUUGCAUUCCAUUCUUGGCAACAGGUGGUCUCAAAUUGCGGCGCGUCUACCGGGAAGGACAGACAAUGAAAUAAAGAAUUUCUGGAACUCCACACUGAAAAAGAGACUGAAACUGAAGAAUAUCAUUUCAGCUCCUCCUCCUCCCAUGUCUUCAUCACCAAAUCAUGAUAGUGAUUCAUCAUCGGAACAUCCUAGUAGAGUUCAUCAUAUCACAGCUGGAGGAAUCAUGAUCCCCAAUAUCACCAUGUCAAUGGACUCAUCCAUAUCCACCACAUCAUCAGCAUCAAUGUCCAUGCAAUCCAUCGUUACCGGCAACCAAUUCGAUCCUUUUUUGGUCCUCGAUAACCGGUCUGACAUGACUGCUUUAACGAGUUUCUUCAAUGUGCCUACAAGUUUAACAACACAAGUAGGUAUGGGGGAUGGGAUGUUCUAUGGGGGUGAUUAUGGGGUGGUUUUGGAGAAUAACAAAUUAGGGUUAGGGAGUGAUAUUUCUCUUCCUCCACUAGAGAACAUUAGAAGCAACAUUAUCAAUGAAGAGAAUCAUGAUAAUGUUGUUAUUGGCAUGAAAGGCCAUAACAACAACAAUAACAAUAAUUUAAGUAAUAAUAAUAAUACUUGCUUCAAUAACACAGCUGAUCAUAAUCAAGGGUUUAAAGUAGAGGAUGUGUUUGGAUAUGAAGAAAAUCAUUGGGAAAGUGGAGAAAACUUAAGAAUGGGAGACUGGGAUUUAGAGGGUUUGAUGGAAAACCUUGUACCUUCCUUCCCUUUCCUUGAUUUCCAAGUUGAAUAAUUUCCCAUUCAUGCACCCCUAUUCUCUCUCAACCAUCGAACAAUACAUGUACUAGUACAUUUUGGACGUGCACUUUUCCCAUCUUUUUGGCCAUAUUCAUUAUUUUCUCUCCCAACACAUACUCCUUUUUUCUUUUCUUUUCUUUUCUCAUGUUUUUCAACCAUGAAUACGUGUAUUCUUCCAUGUUGCUGUCGAGGGUGGGGAUCAGGCUGGGCAGAAUUUUUUUUAUGUGAUUUGAGUUCGUUUAUGAGGCACUUAUGGGUAAAUUUGGGGAGUAUAGGGGUUGGUGAAAUAAUUGAUUGUUCAUGUGAAAGAGAAAUGUGAAUAGUGGGUGGUAUAUAUAGAAUUCUAUUUCUAGCUACAUACAUAUACACAAAAAAGAAAUAAAGAUUAGUUGUUGAAUAUAUGUGUAAUUUCAUGUACAAAAGAUCACAAAAAAUAAUGUGGAAGUGGAAGUUGUAUGUGUAAAGAUGAGAUGGAUACAAUACACACGGAUUAUAUGUAACCAAAUAUAUAUACCAAUAAGAAAUUCAUGG